AUGGUCAAAGUUGGCAAGCCCAAGUCAAAGCGCGUACCAGUUCGUCUCCGCCACAAAAUCGAAAAGUCGUCCGCGGCAAAGCAACGCAAGCAGCGCAAGGAUGACAAGAAGAACCCUCAAUGGGUAUCUCGACUGAAGAAGGACCCGGGCAUUCCCAACUUGUUCCCGUUCAAAGACAAGAUUCUCGCAGAAGUGGAGGAGGCCAGACGAAAUAAAGAAGAGGAGAAGGAGAGGAGGAAGCUGGUCGCCAAAGCACAGCGUGAGGGACGAACAUUGGCCGAUGUGCAGAAAGAGCAAGCCGGUGGACAGGAGGAUGUGGGGGAGGACGAAGACGAAGAUCUUAUCGAUCCGACGGAGGAAGACGACAUCGACGACUCUGCCAUGGCCGAUGUAGACGACAGCAAUCCCAUGGCGGCUCUUCUCGCCUCCGCGGAAGCUCGCGCAAACACACACCAAACCUCCGUUGAAACCGUCGACGAGGCAGCAGAUGAGGGCGCAGACUCCGCCGCCGCAAUCCUCAAGACGAAGUCUCGCACCGCCAAACCCAUAAAAGCCGCUCCAACCUCCACCGCGACCGGAACCUCUCAACGCACGCCUCUCCCUCAAAAAGCCCUCGAGGACCCUCUGCCAACAAUGACAACCCUACUCACCCACCUCUCCACCACACCCUCAAGAUUCGCUCCUCUGACAUCUUACUACGCUCUCCCCGCUCUCCCGGAGUCACUCGCUCUCACCGACUUCCAAACCCGCUUCCUCGUCGAAGUAGCACGAAAACGCGGCCGCUUGGGAAGAGGCGGUAUUCCGAACCUUCACGCUGCGGCAUUGACUGUAUUGGCAGAUGUCCAAGAGGGAAGGGUGAAGUUGCCACCGCUUGGGACUACGGCGCCGAAGGUGGGAAAGAAGGGCAAAGGCAAGAGAGAAGUUGCGAAGCAAGAGGAGGGAGCGACGAGGAUUUUGGUGGGUGAGGAGAUGGCAAAGCCCUUCAGGAUUGAAGGAUUGUUUGGAGAGACGUACGGCGGUUGUUGA